GUACGGGCGCGCUUUCGAAUCCGAAGAAGGAGGAAACUCGCGCCAGCGAAAGCGGACACCCGCAAUCCUUCCGCCGACUCCGUCGAGACGAGAUCGUUCUCAGUGCGCUCUCUCGAGCAGUUCUUUACGACGACAUAUAAAUCGACUCAGAAAGAUUUUUCAUAUUUGUGGUGUUUUAUCCUCGUACUUGUCCAACGUACGAGCGACUCGUCGAGCUACCUCGGUUCACGAAAUCUUCGAUCGAACGCAGUGAAGACACGUGAAGAUACGAUCAUGGAAUCGAAAAUUUAUCUACCAGCUGUCGCACUAGUGCUCGCUUUGGCAGUUACUUCAGCCGACGCCCUGAGAUGUUACGAGUGCAAAUCCGUCGGCUCGACCGCGAACGACGAGUGCUCCGGAGAAAUGCUAAAGAAAACGGAUCAACGGCCCAUCGAAUGCAGCGUGGACACAAUGAUAGCGUGGCACAAUAGAGCGAAGGAGGAUUAUACUCUCAACCCGAUCUCCAACGUGUUUGAGGUUUUCAACCAUAACAACGGAAUGAGCCAUCAUCGUGAUCCGCAUACACCAAUGGCUUGUGUCAAAAUCGAUUUGAAAGUUGACAACCAACCGGUGACACUGAGAACUUGUCAAACGGCCAAAACAGCAGAGGUCGAUCCGUGCAAAGCGACUCGAGACAAGAUUUCGAAAAUGCAUCGUAGCAGCACCGUCGUCGUGGAUUGCAACAUGUGUGAGACCGACGAGUGCAACGGUUCGUACGCCCUGUCACCGACCAUGAUAAUGGCGAUGGUGCCGCUGAUCGGUUCGAUCCUGAUGAGCCUUGGCUACAGCAGCGCGUAACCGAGUUUCCUUCGCUCGAGAAACCGAUAAAAUUGAGGAAAAAUGGCGUGACGCCCGAAAAAGAGCGCUCGUGGGUCGCUGCAAAAAAUAAACACGGAUUUACACAACUCCUAGAAAGAGCCGCGUGCUCGCGGCAACGAAAGAGCUUCUUCAUCCCCCUGAUGCGCGCGACAACGAAUAUUCCCUCUUGGAACUCGCCUCCGCUGUGGGAUUUAUAUGUACACAUACUUCCAUAUACACAUUCAAAUAUAUUUACAUGUAAUAAGAAGCCCGAUGAACCCCCCGCUGCGGUAACUUUCGCUCGCAUUCUCUGUAUAAAAGUAAAGCUCCGUCUACCAAAUAGAAUUUAAAUCUCAGGCCUUGAACGUCCUCUCAGAUAAUUCGCAUGAAAAUUCUGUCGAAUACGAAAAAAUACAUGCAACCAUACACAUUCCAGUGUACAACGUUCGAUGCUCUUUACAUUACAGUUACUCGUAUAGAUCGUAUAAAGUAUAUAAAUAUGUAAACAAGUACGUGUAUAUUCGUUAGUAUAUAUGAAGAUGGAAAAAAUACUAUGAAUAGCGAAGAUUUCGUAACGAGGAUAAACCCCGGGAUUCAGAGAUCUCAUCUGAAUUAUACGAGUAGAAAUGCGAAAUAAGAGAAUUUCGAAUACUCGCGUGUUCGAUCGCUUUGUUGCUCGCGAUUUGCAGCAAUCUUUAGCCACUUCGUUGCCUUCAGCACUCGGGAUUUUUUCAACAAAGCCCCUCCACUCCUCUCCCCCCCGCCGCCCCGGCGCUUAAGAUCUUUCCUGGCUUUGGGUAUCGUGUUUUUUCCUCUUCCGUACCUCCGUUGCACCCACAUUUUGUAUCGUCAAGUAAACGUUAGGAAACCAAAAACGAAUAAAGUGACAAUGUGCGUGACACAAUCCUUCGAAGGGCUCACACCUCCUUUCGUAUGACAUUACCUGCGAGAGUGGAGAGAGAGAGAGAGAGAGAGAGAGAGAAAAUAAUCGAGAAUAGAGAAAUAGAAAAAAUAGAAAAUAAGAGAAAAUGGAGAGAAAAAAUAAUCAUGAUAAAUUCCAAGAGAAAUGGGCGCUUUUAACAAAGGUCGAAACUCGAGUUGCCUUUCGAUCCUCCAACUUUUCGUCAUCGCAGCUCCUCUCCUUCUGUCCGCUCCCUUCCUCUUCGCUCUUAUGCCUCUUACUACUUUCUACACACCUGAGAAAAGGGUUUAAUCUUGAAAUAAGAACAUACCGACACACCGUAACGUUCCUCGUCAAAUGUAUUAUGCCUUCUUUGUACACCGAGUGAUGAAUCGCGUUUGAUAAACUUUAUUUUCGUAAAUUAUAUAUACACACAUAUAUUCUACUAAUAUUAUACUGUAUAUUGAUAUAAAAAUGAUUUCAUCGUGCUUGCUCGUCGUAAAAGCUUUUCGAACGACAAAACCAACAGGAUAAAUCAUUCAAAAACGAAUGAGAUUUAUAAAUUGUCGUCGCUUUGAUAAUCACGUUAGAAAGGCAGCAGCGUGAACGCUUCAUCAACAGUCUUUUAUUCCUAAGGGAUGUUUUUUUUUGUAAUUGUGCUAACACGAGGCCAGAUCGCCUGUACCAGCGAAAUAAAUGUACACAUUUUAAUAAUCA